CCAGAGGCUUGGUUCCGGAGUGGCCUGUUAUUAUUCUGAGCAGCACAUGAAAUAACGGUCUCCCUUCAAGUCCAUCAAAAUGGAUAUGUAUGAAGUGCCUGUGCCCAACCAGGAAAUACCCGGAUGUCCACCAGGGUUAGAAUACCUGACUCAGGUGGAUCAGCUCCUCAUCAAACAGAAAGUUGAGCUUGCUGAAGCCCUGAUUGGUUUUGAAAGCAACAACAAGUAUGAGAUCCGUAACAGCAUGGGUCAGGAUGUGUUCUACGCUCUGGAGGAGAACGACUGUCUGACUCGACAGUGCUGCGGUCCCAUGCGCUCCUUCACCAUCCACGUCGUGGACAACAACGGACAGAAGGUCAUCACCAUCACCAGACCGCUGAACUGCACAGCUUGCUGCUGCCCCUGCUGCCUACAAGAGCUGGAGGUGCAGUCUCCCCCUGGGAACACAGUGGGGUACGUUAGACAACAGUGGCACCCGUUCUCCCCCAAAUUCAUCGUGUCGGACGAAAACAACGAGCCUGUGCUGAAGAUCCACGGGCCGUUCUGUGGGUGGAGCUGCCUGCCAGAUGUUGACUUUGAGAUUUUGACGAUGGACGAAGUCACCCAGAUUGGGAAGAUCAGUAAGCAGUGGACAGGACUUCUACGGGAAGUCUUCACAGAUUCAGACAACUUUGGUAUCCAGUUCCCCAUGGACCUGGACGUGAAGAUGAAGGCUACGAUGAUCGGAGCGUGUUUUCUCAUCGACUUCAUGUUCUUUGAAUCGAACAACUAGGAGCCAUACAGGAUAUUCAUGUAAUCAUUUCUGGAAAGCCAUGAUCAGAACAAAACGCCCGAGCAUAGAACAACCUCUGGACCAGAUGUUUUAAAAAAGGGACUACCAAAACGUACCUUAAUGUUGCAGUUUUGCAUGAACAAUGAUUUAAAAAGGUUUGUUUUAGUCUUAGCUGCUCAGGUUGUUUGUGACUAAGCUGCGAGUGCACAGUGCAGUGUUUCUAGGCAAAGCUUCAUUUGUGUUUACAUUACUGUCGCUUAUGUAGGCCUCGAACUACGGUGGCCUACAAGUGCAAACACCAGGUGAAAAACAUUUCCAUUGAGAGAAACGAGCUGAGACCGUAAAGAAUAUUUCGUUACUACUGAAGACACUUGAAUAUUAAGAUACCGUCCUUAUAUCAGUAAAAGGGAACACCAUGCAGGCAAGAGCUGUUACACACGGAGUACUUUAGGAGUGUUUAGCCAAAAAGCACUUGUGUAAUUUGAUCAAAUCAAUAGUCAACAUGUUAAUAUAUAAUGCUCUUAGCUAUAUUGUGCAGUUUCUAGUGUAGAUAAGCUUCUAUUUAUUUAUAUAUUUUGGUCAUGUGUGUGUGCUCUGCUUUAUACGAUUGUAUGUGUGCUAUGAGUGUGUGUAACUGAAGCAUCAUAAGCGUACUAUAAUAUUUGUAAUGCCAUAACAGUUAUGCAUUAUCAUUACUGAACGGAGGGGUUGUGGCUGUGCACCCCGUCUUGUCCACACGAGGGAGCUAGCUUUUCAUUUUAGGAGAAUCCCUGCUUAUGCCAUAAAGUUUUGAUUGGGAAA